CCUGCAGGGAGGUUGCACGAAAUUGCACACCAUACGUUGCAAUUUGCAACCACCACCACAUCCAACCAAACAAGCGAAGACAACCCCCAUGAUGCUGCCUGAUGUGUCGAAUUGGAGCGACGAUGGCCUGGAAGGGGUGGUCAAGUCCAUCUUCAUGCCCGGCGUGAACAGCGGGGUGAUCCGCUUCCUCAGCAUCACGUUCAUUGCACUGUUUCUGAACAAUGUGGGCUUGCUCAUCUUCUUUGGACCAAACCCACACGUCAUCGUGCUUCUCCUCCUCACCAUUGGCCUCGCCGCCGCAAUGGCAUGGUUUGUCAAGGAGUUGCAAAAGGCAACGCGGGAACAGGAAGCCAAGAAAGAAACAGAAGGCAAGGAGGGCAGCAAAGAAGACAGCGGCAGCACUGACACCAAGCAGACGAAUGCUGGAAAGAAGGACACCAAACACCGUCAAGCAACCAAGGCCAAGGAAUCGGCAAAGGACAAGUGACGGCCGCUCACGCACGCGUUAAUGUGUUUGUGUGUGUGUGUGUGCGAAUGUGUUGACACUCUUGCCCUUGACUGCAGUCUUCUGUGCUGCAGGCUUCCUCUCCUCUUCCCUUCCUCCUCUUGUUUCCACUAGGAUAGACCUUUCUUGUUCUGUCGUGCAUGUAGCUGCUGCUGUAGUUGCUGCUGUAGCUGCUUGCUUUAUUAGAGAGCAGCGUCUGUGCGCUUACUCAACAACCAUACACACACGCGCACGAAACACAGCCACGCAAAC